GAACAGGAGACAGUCGUCGCGUCCAACACAUCCCAAUUAGCAUCCCUUCUUUCUUUUAUCCUAUCAUGGCUCCCGCGCCUGCCGUCCCCGAGCCGACACGGCCCUCCAUCGUUCGCUCGACCAGUUACGUUCCCAACGGUAUCCCAGCUCCUCCCGUGACCGCGCCGUCCCUCCAGACAUCGGAAUCUCAGCCGACCCUCGAUGCCGUCCUCGAGCUCGCGGACGGCACUGCCUUCCGAGGUAUCAGCUUCGGUGCCCAGGGCAAGAGCGUAUCUGGAGAAUGUGUUUUCCAAACCGGCAUGGUUGGAUAUACCGAGUCCUUGACUGAUCCGUCCUACGAGGGUCAGAUCCUCAUCCUCACAUACCCGCUCGUCGGAAACUAUGGCGUUCCCUCGCGCGAGUCGCUUUCCGAGCUCGAGUUGCCUGAAGACUUCGAGUCUUCGCGCAUCCAUAUCUCCGCCCUCGUCGUCGGCUACUAUUCUGAGGACUUUUCUCAUUUCCUCGCAAAAUCUUCGCUCGGUCAAUGGCUAAAAGAGAACGGCGUUCCUGCCCUGUACGGCGUCGACACCCGUGCGCUCACCAAAAGGAUUCGCGAGAAGGGAUCCAUGCUUGCCCGCUUUUUGGCACGAAAACCGGAGGCACCUAUCGACCGGAGGAGGUCUCUUAUACCAGAGUCUCUGCCAGCCUCUCGCGCGCCCAGUCGCGCUCCUAGUCCUCCUGGUCCUGCACCAUGGAGGGAAGACUACAUUGAUAUCGAAUAUCAGGACCCGAACGUAGUCAAUCUCGUCGCGGUCGUGUCCAUCAAGUCUCCUCGUCUCUACAAGCCCACCGCGACCCCGAAGAUGCACCCCUCCGGACGGCCAUUACGGGUCAUCGCUGUGGACGUCGGGAUGAAGUACAACCAGAUCCGUUGCUUCAUCAACCGUGGCGUCGAGCUCAAAGUCGUACCCUGGGACUACGACUUCAACUCACCCACCGAAGAGCCCUUUGACGGUCUCUUCCUCUCCAACGGUCCCGGAGACCCGACGACGGUACAGGCUACCAUCGACCGCAUCGCCCAAGCGAUGCAGAAAUGCGACCGCCCCAUCUUCGGUAUCUGUCUCGGCCACCAACUCAUGGCCCUUGCCGCUGGUGCGCAAACCUCCAAGAUGAAGUACGGUAACCGCGGCCACAAUAUCCCCUGUACCGACGCCCUCAGCGGCCGAUGCUACAUCACCUCCCAGAACCAUGGAUUCCAGGUCGACACGCAGACGCUCCCCGAAGGCUGGAGGGAACUAUUCCGGAACGCGAACGACGAGUCGAACGAGGGCAUCUACUGCGUCGACAAACCCUUCUUCUCCGUCCAGUUCCACCCCGAGUCCACGCCCGGCCCCCGCGACACGGAGUUCCUCUUCGACGUCUUCAUCCAGAACAUAACGGACUGCGUCUCGACCAACACCCUCGUCCCCAUCUCCAUGCCCGGCGGUCUCAAAGCCGAUAACGAAGCGCGUGUGCCCCGCGCGAACGUCCAGAAAGUCCUCAUCCUCGGUUCCGGCGGUCUUUCGAUCGGCCAGGCCGGAGAGUUCGAUUAUUCGGGCUCGCAGGCGAUCAAGGCGUUGAAGGAAGAAGGCAUCUACACCAUCCUCGUCAAUCCCAAUAUCGCCACGAUCGCCACCUCGCGCGGAUUAGCAGACAAAGUCUACUUCCUGCCCGUCACGCCCGAGUUCGUCCGUAAGAUCAUCCAGUACGAGAAGCCUGACGGGAUCUACGUCACAUUUGGUGGACAGACCGCGCUCAAUGUCGGGAUCAAGCUGAAAGACGAGUUUGCGAGCCUUGGGGUUCAGGUGCUCGGGACCCCCAUCGACACGAUCAUUACGACGGAAGACAGGCAGAUGUUCGCGGCGGCGAUGGAGGAGAUUGGUGAGAAGUGCGCGAAGAGUCAGACGGCGACGACGGUGGACGAGGCGGUCGCUGCUGCGAUAUAUAUCGGCUUCCCGGUGAUUGUGAGGGCGGCGUAUGCGCUGGGUGGACUUGGAUCUGGAUUCGCGCAGGAUGAGGGGCAGUUGAAGGCGCUUUGUGGGAAGGCGUUCGCGACGAGUCCGCAGGUGCUUGUGGAGAAGAGUAUGAAGGGAUGGAAGGAGAUCGAGUAUGAGGUUGUGAGGGAUUGUAGGGAUAAUUGUAUCACGGUUUGCAACAUGGAGAACUUCGACCCAUUGGGGAUUCAUACUGGAGACUCCAUCGUCGUCGCGCCAUCGCAGACCCUCUCAGACGUAGACUACAACAUGCUCCGAACAACAGCCAUCAACGUCAUCCGCCACCUCGGCGUCAUCGGCGAAUGCAACAUCCAAUACGCGCUCAACCCGACCUCGCGCGAAUACUGCAUCAUCGAAGUGAACGCGCGGCUCUCGCGUUCCUCAGCCCUCGCGUCCAAAGCCACCGGCUACCCGCUCGCGUUCAUCGCCGCGAAGCUCGGGCUCGGGAUCCCGUUGAACGAGAUCAAGAAUAGCGUGACGAAGGUGACGAGCGCGUGCUUUGAGCCGUCGUUGGAUUAUGUGGUGGUGAAGAUCCCGAGGUGGGAUUUGAAGAAGUUUAGUAGGGUGAGCAGGUUGUUGAGUAGUAGUAUGAAGAGUGUUGGGGAGGUGAUGAGUAUUGGGAGGACGUUUGAGGAGACGAUACAGAAGGCGAUUAGGUCGAUUGAUGAUCAGUUUGCUGGGUUCGCGAAGAACGACUAUGUUGAGGAUAUCGACGAGGAGCUCGUCAAUCCGACGGAUAAGCGCAUUUUUGCGAUUUCUACGGCUUUCCACCGCGGUUAUUCGGUCGACAAGAUCUGGCAGAUGACGAAUAUCGACAAGUGGUUCUUGACGAAGCUCCAGCACAUCUUCAACAUGGAGCAGCGCCUUUCCACCAGCAACAUCUCCCUCAUCACACCAGACCUGCUCCGUCAAGCCAAGCAGCUCGGCUUUUCCGACCGUCAGCUCAGCAUCUGCAUGGGCUCCAACGAGCUUGCCGUCCGCCGUCUCCGCCAAGAACAUAACAUCUCGCCCUUCGUCAAGCAGAUCGACACCGUCGCCGCCGAGUUCCCCGCCUUCACGAACUACCUCUACACCACCUACAACGCCGUCGAGCACGACAUUGAGUUCAACGACCGUGGCGUUAUCGUCCUCGGCUCCGGUGUCUACCGUAUCGGUUCGUCCGUGGAGUUCGACUGGUGUGCCGUUCGUGCGAUUCGUACGCUGAGGGACCAGGGCCUUCCGACGGUUAUGGUUAAUUACAACCCCGAGACGGUCAGUACGGAUUACGACGAGGCCGAUCGGCUUUAUUUCGAGAAUAUCAGCCUCGAGACCAUCCUCGAUAUCUAUGACACCGAACGUUCGCGCGGUGUUAUCCUCUCUAUGGGUGGUCAGACUCCGAACAACAUCGCCUUGCCGCUUCAUCGUCAGAACGUCAAGAUCUAUGGGACGUCGCCCGAGAUGAUCGAUACUGCCGAGAACAGGUACAAGUUCUCGCGUCUGUUGGACGAGAUUGGCGUGGACCAGCCGUUGUGGAAGGAGCUCACGAGCUUCGAAGAGGCAGAGGCGUUCUGCGAGACAGUGGGAUACCCCGUGCUCGUCAGACCGUCGUACGUCCUUUCGGGCGCCGCGAUGAACGUCGUCUCCACCGGCGACGAUCUCUCGAACUACCUCACCCAGGCCGCCGCCGUCUCGCGCGACCACCCGGUCGUGAUCUCGAAGUACAUCGAGCAGGCGAAGGAGAUCGAGAUGGACGCGAUCGCGAAGGACGGGACGAUGGUCAUGCACUAUAUCUCCGAGCACGUCGAGAACGCGGGAGUCCAUUCCGGCGACGCGACGCUCAUUCACCCGCCGCAGGAUCUCGACCCGCAGACGGUGCGCCAGAUCGAGGAGGCGACGGCGAAGAUUGGCAACGCGCUGAAUGUGACGGGCCCGUUCAAUAUCCAGUUCAUUGCGAAGAAUAACGAGAUCAAGGUCAUCGAGUGUAACCUCCGUGCUGCGCGCUCGUUCCCGUUCGUGUCGAAGGUGACGGGUAUCGAUGCCAUCGAGCUCGCUACGAAAGUUAUGCUUGGGCUUCCGGUGGAGCCGUACCCCGACGCUGGGUUGCCAGCGGAUUACGUCGGUGUGAAGGUGCCGCAGUUCAGUUUCAGUAGGCUUUCGGGGGCGGAUCCGGUUUUGGGUGUGGAGAUGGCGUCGACGGGCGAGGUGGCGUGUUUCGGGAAGGAUAAGUACGAGGCGUAUUUAAAGGCGUUGAUCUCGACGGGGAUCGUUCCGCCGAAGAAGAACGUGCUGUUCUCGAUUGGUGGGUUCAAGGAGAAGUUGGAGUUGUUGCCUUCGGUGCAGAAGUUGCAGAGCGCGGGGUACAAUAUCUUUGCGACGUCGGGCACGGCGGAUUUCCUUCAAGAGCAUGGCGUGUCUUGCAAGUACCUCGAGACCUUGGGCGAAGACGGCCGCGACCUUCAGAAGUCCGAGUAUUCUCUGACGCAACAUCUGGCCAACAACCUCAUCGACAUGUACAUCAACCUGCCGUCGAAGAACCACUACCGCCGCCCUGCGAGCUAUGCUAGCAAAGGUUACCGCACCCGUCGUAUGGCCGUGGACUUCGCCGUCCCCCUCAUCACGAACGUCAAGGUCGCGAAACUGCUCGUGGAGGCUCUUGUGCGCAAGAUGCCACUCGAUGUUUCGACCGUCGAUUCCAAGACGUCCCACAUAACGCACAUCUUCCCUGGGCUUGUCAACAUCGGCGCUUUCGUCCCUCGUCUUGCGGAGGCGGGCAACGACGACUUCAUCCAGGCCACGAAGGCGGCUCUCAGCACUGGUUUUACCACCUCGCUGGUCAUUCCAUUGGGGUACAGGAACAAGAUCGUCGAUCUGCCCACGCUCGAGCAGGCCCGCUCCAACAUCGGAAAUGGCGCCUACUGCAACUAUGCGUUGAACAUCACGGCUUCGUCGGACAACAGCAAGACCAUGGACGAUGAGCUCGCGGCUGAGGUCAAGGCCCUUUUCAUCCCCUUCCAUGUCGACAACGUUGCCACCCAAGUAUCGGUCGUCGCUUCUCACUUCGCCUCUUGGCCCUCCGACAAGCCCAUCAUCACAGAUGCGAAAGGCUCAGAUCUCGCCUCUGUUCUUCUCAUGGCUUCGCUCCACGGUCGCAGCCUGCACAUUACGGAUGUGCAGAGCGAGGAGGAUAUCUUGUUGAUCAAGCUGAGCAAGGCGAAGCAGUUGAAGGUCACCUGCGAUGUCAGCAUCUUCUCGCUGUUCUUCAACAAGGAUCAGUUUGGCGGGAAGGUGAAGAACCUGCCUACCAUCCAGGCUCAGGCUGUUAUCUGGAAGAACUUGGACGUUGUGGAUGCGUUCUCCGUUGGUGGACCCCCGUACUACGCUAGCCUGGACAUGGAAGCGCCGUCUUCUUCCUGGUCUGGUGUCGAGGAGUCACUCCCGCUCCUGCUUACCGCUGUAGCGGAUGGACGACUCACCCUCAACGACAUUCAAGAGAGGCUCCACGAUAACCCUAUUCGCAUCUUUGGCCUUCCUGAACAAUCGAAUACCCUAGUCGAAGUGUUCGUCAACCGGAACUCCAUCUAUCCCCGCCGCAAGGACCAUUGGUCGCCUUUGGCCGACUCUCCCGUCCGUGGCCUCGUUCACCGUGUCAUCAUUCACGGCAAGACGGUCUUCCUCGACGGCCACAUCUCGGGUCCGCCGCAGGGCAGGGAUGUCUCUGCAUCCGCCAUCAGCCACAAUGUGGUUCCCGAGAAACCUACCCUCACCACCGCUCUCUCUUCACAAAUGGUCAUGCCUACCAUGUCGCCUAUUGUCAGGCCCUCAGAGUCGAAUGUGUCUUUGAACCCUGUUACCUCCAUGUCUCUCCACGGGCCUCUCGCUGCCCCUCAACAUUUCGUCGCCCCUCUUCCUCAUCCCUCCUUCCACCGUCGUCAUAUCUUAUCCGUGAAGCAAUUUACCCAAAAGGAUAUCUAUGAUCUUUUCUCCCUCGCACAUGAGAUGAGGCUACAAGUCGAGCGAUACGGCGUUCUCGACAUCCUCAAGGGCAAAGUUCUAUGCGCGCUCUUCUACGAGCCUUCCACGCGCACCAGCGGAUCGUUCGAGGCUGCCAUGAAACGUUGUGGCGGUGAGGUGGUCUCUAUUCCCGUCGAACACAGCAGUGUCCAGAAGGGCGAGUCGCUUCCGGACACGAUCAGGACGCUGGGAUGCUACGGUGAUGCCAUCGUUAUGAGGCACCCUGCUGUUGGCAGCAGUCAACUUGCAGCCAAGUACUCUCCCGUUCCCAUCCUGAAUGCGGGAGACGGAAUUGGAGAGCAUCCCACCCAGGCCCUCUUGGACGUCUACACCAUCCGCUCCGAGCUUGGAACAGUCAACGGUCGUGUCAUCACCAUGAUCGGUGACCUGAAGAACGGUCGCACAGUUCACUCUCUCGUCACCCUCCUUUCCCUCUACUCCGUCCGCCUUAACUUCGUCUCGCCUCCGUCGUUGUCCAUGCCUUCCAGCGUUGUCUCCGCGGCGCGCAAGGCGGGCAUCCCCGUCAAGCAGUGCGAGAGCUUGGAGGAAGUAUUGGGCGAGACGGACGUGUUGUAUGUGACGAGGGUGCAGAAGGAGAGGUUUGCGAGUGAGAAAGAGUGGGAGGCUGUGAAGGAUGUGUAUAGGGUUGACCAUGCUGUCCUUGCGAGGGCGAAGGAGGAAAUGAUCGUCAUGCAUCCUUUGCCUAGGCUUGGUGAAAUCGAUCCCGAGGUCGACUUCGACUCUCGCCGUGCUGUGUACUUCCGCCAGAUGCGUUAUGGUCUCUAUAUUCGCAUGGCCCUCCUGGCUAGUGUCCUCGGCUGAAGCGGUAUUCAAAAGUAUUAUAUCCCAUCAACGUAGAAAAUAUGGACUUGCGAUAGAUUUGCUAGAGCAGCGGUCGACUCGAAGUAGGUGGUGACGAAUGAGGAAAGAAGGAAAGCAAUCGAAGUUAUAGUUCAAACAAAUGUAGCAUCCAAGCAUCGUACGGUUCGAGAAGACGAUUUAUAAAUCAG